AGAGAGCAGAAAAUCCCGACUUCAGUGGUUUCCACAGCCGGUGACUGGUAAAACGCAUCACAUCGCUGCUCUCUCUCUCUCUCUGUUUCAUGCUCUCUCGUCUUCUUCCUCUUUCAACACCCUCGCCCCACGCUAGGGUUUCAUUUAUUCUUUAGGUUACAGAAAUGCAGAGAUCUCUGAUAGCCACGCGAAGGUUUUGCACUGCGAAGAGCGAUAAGAUCGUCGCAUCUGUCCUCUUCGAGAGGCUUCCUGUCGUCAUUCCCAAAAUCGAUCCAGUCGUUUACGCUUUUCAGGAGUUUUCGUUCCGUUGGAGACAACAAUAUCGAGUGCAAUAUCCUGAUGAAUUCUUGAAAAAAUCCGAUGCUAGGGGAAAAGGUGAUUACCAGAUUGACUAUGUACCAGCUCCUCGAAUCACCGAAGCAGACAAAAAUAAUGAUAAAAGGUCAUUACAGAGAGCUCUUGACAAAAGGCUUUAUCUUCUUGUAUAUGGUAACACAUUUGGUGCUCCAAAUGAGAAGCCUGUGUGGCAUUUUCCUGAAAAAGUGUAUGAUUCUGAAGAGACACUGAGAAAGUGUGCAGAGUCUGCAUUAAAAUCUGUCAUCGGUGAUCUUUCCCACACAUAUUUUGUUGGAAAUGCUCCAAUGGGCCAUAUGACCACACAGCCUACAGAGAAUACACACAAUCUUCCUACUUUUAAGCGCUUCUUCUUUAAAUCUCAAGUUAUUGCAACCAACAAGUUUAAGAUUGGGGAGUGUCAGGAUUUUGUUUGGGUGACCAAGGAUGAACUGCUGCAAUACUUUCCCGAGCAUGCUGAAUUCCUUAACAAGAUGAUCAUCAGCUGAUGCAGCUAUCAGUUUUGCGGAAAAUGUUCCAAUAGUACCUUUCUAAGAGCUAAAAAUUAUUUUAGAUGGUACAUCUCUGUUAAUUAAUUGAAAAUUUUGUGCUUGUAUUCCAAUCAUAGAACCUGUUUUGUGGGUCGUAGAAGAAAGUUGAAGCUGGUUAGAGAAAGAUUAGGCAACAGUAAGCCACACAGAUUUUCCUUGUUAUAAAUUUUGUUUUAAAUAAUUCAAAUGCUAUGACGUAUGUUGCUUUUUCUGAA